AUGGGGGGAUUGACAGCCUCCAACUACUCGGGCCUCGGUAUUAGGCUUCGCCUCACUGGCUCCUCUGCACAAGAGGAAGCCCCAGACCACAGCUAUGAGUCCCUUCGUGUGACAUCUGCGCAGAAACACGUUCUGCAUGUCCAGCUCAACCGGCCCAACAAGAGGAAUGCCAUGAACAAGGCCUUCUGGAGAGAGAUGGUAGAGUGCUUCAACAAGAUUUCGAGAGACGCUGACUGUCGGGCGGUGGUGAUCUCUGGUGCAGGAAAAAUGUUCAGUGCAGGUACCAGACGCUCUUCACACAUCCUACCAGCCUUCCCAGCUCCUGGCAAUAGACAGUGGAGCACUCGAUAUCAGGAGACCUUCAGCGUCAUCGAGAAGUGCCCCAAGCCUGUGAUUGCUGCCAUCCACGGGGGCUGCAUUGGCGGAGGUGUGAACCUCAUCACCGCCUGUGACAUCCGGUACUGUGCCCAGGACGCUUUCUUCCAGGUGAAGGAGGUGGACGUGGGUUUGGCUGCCGAUGUAGGAACACUGCAGCGCCUGCCCAAGGUCAUCGGGAACCAGAGCCUGGUCAAUGAGCUGGCCUUCACCUCCCGCAAGAUGAUGGCUGAUGAGGCCCUGGGCUGCGGCCUGGUCAGCCGGGUGUUGCCAGACAAGGAGGUCAUGCUCGAUGCUGCCUUAGCGCUGGCGGCCGAGAUUUCCAGCAAGAGCCCCGUGGCGGUGCAGGGCACCAAGGUCAACCUGCUCUACUCCCGCGACCAUUCGGUGGCCGAGAGCCUCAACUACGUGGCGUCCUGGAACAUGAGCAUGCUGCAGACCCAGGACAUCGCCAAGUCGGUCCAAGCCGUGACUGAGAACAAGGAACUGAAAAGCGUCACCUUCUCCAAGCUGUGAGAGCUCUCGCAUCCCGUUCCCCAGCCAGGGAGCUGGCCUUGUCCCACCUCAUCCGCAGAAAGGGAGGAUGGGCGAUGACCGUUGUCUCUAUGCCUUCUCACCCAGUCUCCCAGUUUAUAACUAUAUGACAAUGACUUUCUCAAGCCCAAGGCCUUAUCUUCACCCCACGAACAAUAAAGCAAAGUAAAGAAA